CCACAACGACACAAACACGCAUUCUUUGUUCUCCCUUUUAGUGUUGUUUCAUUCAAACUUGUACCAACUACCAAACUAUGAUGAUUUCCUCGUGGAGAAGGCGUAGAGCUGCCCGCUCCGCCAUCAAGGGGCAGCAACGGGUUAAGAUUGGAGACAUGGAGUUGACGCUACCGGUCCAUUUCCAAUGCCCGAUAUCUCUGGACCUGAUGAAAGAUCCGGUGACGUUGUCCACCGGGAUUACGUACGACCGCGAGAGCAUCGAGACGUGGAUUGAGGCCGGGAACCUGAGCUGCCCCAUUACCAACCAGGCAUUGACCAGCCCUGAGCUCGUACCAAAUCAUACCAUAAGGAAGAUGAUACAAGACUGGUGCGUUGACAACAAAUCCUACGGCAUUGAGAGGAUUCCCACGCCGAGAAUUCCGGUAAGUUCGGCUGAGGUUUCAGAAAUUCUUUCCAAGAUUACGACGGCAAGUCAACGCGACGAUCAUGUUCGGUGCCGGGAGUUGGUGGAGAAAAUCAAGGCAUUGGGGAAGGAGAAAGAGCGCAACAAGCGGUGCAUUGUGGCAAAUAAGACCGGAAGUGUCUUGUCGGCUGCGUUCGACACAUUUUCAAGGGCGUCUUUCGACAGAAAUGUUCCGGUCUUGGAGGAAAUCUUGUCGGCUUUAACCCUUCUUUUCCCUCUCGAUGCAGAGGCCAAGUCUUAUCUUGGAUCGGCUGCUUCGUUGCAUUGCAUGGUAUGGUUUUUGAAGGGUGGAGAUUUGUCAGGGAGAAGAAACGCGGUUCUGGCGUUAAAAGAGGUCAUCUCAUCGGACGAUCACCGUCGAACAGACGCAUUAGCGGAGGUUGAAGGAGCUUUAGAGGCAAUAGUGAAGCUAAUAAAAGAGCCCAUUUGCCCUGCCACCACAAAAGCUUCAUUGAUGGUCAUAUAUCGCAUGGUUAAUUCCUCGUACGCAAAAGAAAACAUCAUAGAAAGAUUUGUCGACAUGGGGUUGGUCUCUUUGCUGCUAGAAAUCCUUGUUGGAACCGAACGAAGCAUGUGCGAGAAGGCGCUGGGCGUUCUGGACGACGUAUGCGGAAGUGACAAAGGGAGAGAAAAGGCCUACAAUCAUGCUUUGACGAUGCCAGUUGUAGUAAAGAAGCUUUUGCGCGUAUCCGAUUUUGCGACCGAGUUUUCGGUCUCCAUCCUCUGGAAGCUCUGCAAGAAUGAAAAGAGGGAAGAGGGAGGAGUUGUGGUUGAAGCACUUGGAGUAGGUGCGUUUCAGAAGCUGCUGUUGCUCUUACAGGUUGGUUGUGCAGAGAGAACAAAGGAGAAGGCCACCAAGUUGUUGAAAUUGUUAAAUCUUCAUAGGAAUAGGCUGGAGUGUAUUGAUUCUACCGAUUUUAAGGAUCUCAAGAGGCCCUUUUGAUUCGAGGCCUACCAAUUUUGAAGUACAAAAAUAUAU